AUGUCCUCUUCCACGAUUCAACCCUACCUUAUUCUGGCUUGCUCCUCGGCUGACGAGCCCAAGGAGCUCAUUCACACCGUUUUGCAGUCUAGAGUGUGUGAGAAGAACAAGUAUUGUGAUGCUGUUUACAAGUUCGACGUUCCUGAGAACCUCAAGUUCGGCUCCUUCGAUUCCCUCAUCAGAUUGGUGGACGACCUUUCCAAACAAGAUUCCCAAGUUGAGGCCGUCCUUCGCCGUAUCGAGAGGCAGCUGCUCGAGCUUGACCCCAACACUGAGUUCAAGGUCGUCUCUCAGAGGGCUUCACUAUCAGCAGAGGAGUACAUCUCCAAAUUCCACUGGGAUGACGCCCAAGUUCCCCCGCACCAGGAAUAUUCACGACAACCUCAGUCUGUUGUUGACGAGUAUUCAGAAGCUCGAUGA